AUGUCAGAAGAUUAUAGCGGAUUACCUUUUGUUAAAAUAUUAGUGGCUAUUACUCCAGAAAAUGGAAUUGGUAUCAAAAAUGGAUUACCGUGGCCACACAUCAAGCGAGACUUUCUGUUUAUGUUCAGAGCAACAACUUAUGUUGACCCUGAAUUUAAAGAAAAACACCCUGGAGCUGAAAAUGUAAUAAUCAUUGGUAGAAAUACAUAUGAUAGCCUUCCAGAAUCAGUAUUUCCUCUUAAAAACAGAAUCAACAUCGUUAUCUCGAGAAAUCUUACAGAGGUUCCUGGUGGAUUGGUAUUCUCAUCAAUUCCAUCUGCUAUUAGGCAUGUAACAGAAAAUCUAAACUACUAUAAAAUAUUCAUCAUGGGUAUUUUCAAUGUAGUUGUUUUAAAAUAUUUAGGAGGAAGCCAUGUAUAUAGAGAAGUUCUAAAUGCUAAAAUUGUAGAUAAAAUGUACGUCACAAGAGUAAAUAAGAACUAUGAGUGUGAAGUGUUCUUUCCAAAAAUACCUGAUGACUUUGUAAUAACAGGAAUUAGUAAAACAUUUUCUAGCGAGGAUACAAGUUAUGACUUUGUGCUAUACGAGAGGAAGGAUCUAAUUGAGGAAAUGAAAGAGAAAAAAACAUUUGAACAGAUGUUGUUGACAGGGGAGAAAUUUGCAGUUAAGGAACCAUUGGUUAAAGCAUGCCCUAGAUUGAAGGUUAGAUACAGCCAAGAGCUCCAGUAUCUUGAAAUUCUAGCAGAUAUCUUAAAUAACGGAUAUCAUAAAAAGAAUAGAACAGGAGUUGAUUGCAUUGCCAAAUUCGGAUACCAAAUGAGGUUCGACCUGUCACAAUCAUUUCCAUUAUUAACAACAAAGAAAGUCUUCUUAAGAGGAAUCAUUGAGGAACUUAUUUGGUUCAUCAGAGGCAGUACAAAUGGUAACGAGUUAUUAAAAAAGAACGUAAGAAUAUGGGAGUUAAAUGGAGCGAGAAGUUUUCUAGAUAACCUGGGAUUCUAUGAUCGUGAAGAACAAGAUUUAGGACCUGUUUACGGAUUCCAAUGGCGUCAUUUUGGAGCCAAAUACAUCGAUAUGCACGCAGAUUACACUGAUCAAGGAAUAGACCAGUUAUCAUUGGUAAUUGAAAGGAUCAAGAAUAACCCAGAUAACAGAAGAUUAAUUGUAUGUUCAUGGAAUGUGGCAGACUUGUCAAAGAUGGCAUUACCGCCAUGUCAUCUAUUAUUCCAAUUUUUUGUAGCUGAUGGGACUUUGUCAUGUAUGAUGCAUCAGAGGUCAUGUGAUAUGGGACUUGGAGUUCCAUUUAACAUAGCAUCAUACUCAUUAUUAACAUACAUGAUCGCCCACAUUUGCGGACUAAAACCGGGAGAAUUUGUUCAUAACCUUGGUGAUGCUCACAUAUAUAAUAACCAUAUUGACGCAAUAAAAGAACAAAUCAGUAGAGUACCAUAUCCAUUCCCAACACUUAAACUAAAUAAAGAAAUUACAAGAAUUGAAGACUUUACAAUUGAUGACAUUAAGGUGGAAAACUAUAGGUGUCACCCGUUAAUCAAGAUGGAGAUGGCUGCAUAA